UAUUUUUGACUGUUCGGCUCCCGCAGUAUAUAAGAGUAAGGUACAUUUCUCGUCACGACACAGUUCCAAGUUUCUAAUUUGUGGUGAUCAGACGCACAACAAAAAUUUAACAAAAUGUGUGACGAUGAUGUUGCUGCCCUCGUUGUAGACAAUGGAUCCGGUAUGUGCAAAGCCGGUUUCGCUGGAGAUGAUGCUCCACGUGCCGUCUUUCCAUCCAUUGUCGGUCGCCCACGUCAUCAAGGUGUCAUGGUCGGUAUGGGACAAAAGGACUCCUAUGUAGGUGAUGAAGCCCAAAGCAAGAGAGGUAUCCUUACAUUGAAAUACCCAAUCGAACACGGUAUCAUCACAAAUUGGGACGAUAUGGAAAAAAUCUGGCAUCAUACUUUCUACAAUGAACUUCGUGUAGCCCCAGAAGAACACCCAGUUCUUUUGACCGAAGCCCCAUUGAACCCAAAAGCCAACAGAGAGAAGAUGACACAAAUCAUGUUUGAAACCUUCAACUCACCAGCCAUGUAUGUUGCUAUCCAAGCCGUACUUUCCUUGUACGCUUCCGGUCGUACCACUGGUAUUGUAUUGGAUUCUGGUGAUGGUGUCUCUCACACCGUACCAAUCUACGAAGGUUAUGCCCUUCCCCAUGCCAUCCUCCGUUUGGAUUUGGCUGGUCGCGAUUUGACCGACUACUUGAUGAAGAUCCUCACCGAACGUGGUUACUCAUUCACCACCACAGCUGAACGUGAAAUCGUUCGUGACAUCAAGGAAAAACUUUGCUAUGUCGCUCUUGACUUUGAACAAGAAAUGGCCACAGCUGCUGCUUCCACCUCAUUGGAAAAGAGCUACGAACUUCCUGACGGUCAAGUCAUCACCAUCGGUAAUGAACGUUUCCGUUGCCCAGAAGCCCUCUUCCAACCAUCCUUCUUGGGUAUGGAAUCGUGCGGUAUUCAUGAAACAGUCUACAACUCCAUCAUGAAGUGCGACGUUGAUAUCCGUAAGGACUUGUACGCCAACACAGUCAUGUCUGGUGGCACCACAAUGUACCCAGGUAUUGCUGAUCGUAUGCAAAAGGAAAUCACAGCCCUUGCCCCAUCAACCAUCAAAAUCAAAAUCAUUGCCCCACCAGAACGUAAAUACUCCGUAUGGAUCGGUGGUUCCAUCCUUGCUUCCCUCUCCACUUUCCAACAGAUGUGGAUCUCAAAGGAAGAAUACGACGAAUCCGGCCCAGGAAUUGUCCACCGCAAGUGCUUCUAAGUAUUUUAAUCAUUCUUCUAAUUACCAUCAGAACCAGCACAACAACAACAGCAAACAACGUCAAACAUCAAAAAUCCCAAUUGUACAUUAUAACAUCGUCAUCAUAAAUAUAUGGGUUAGACUCUGAUCGCCUCUCUCAAUUUUAUUCAGACCAUCGAAUCCUUGGAGAGGUGUAACAAAAGUAAAAGAAGAUCAGCACAUGAUAGAAAAAAAACAAUUUAACUUACCUAAAAUUCAUUCAUCAACAAGUGCAAUUAUUUUUGUAAAAGAGAAACUAGAGAUUAUACUCUAAUAUUAUUAAUUAUAAUUUAAUUUACUUUAUAAAUAAAUAAUUACAUCUUGUAAGGAUUUAUUUUGA